AUGAUCAGAUAUGAUCAGAUAAGAUCCAUGAGGUUCCGAUUCCCUGUCAGGGGUCCAAAGGACGCUCCCGUCGUCGACGAGACAACCCCUCAACAGGACGCAGAGACGCCCAUUGACGACUCUAAGGAGAAGACCGCCGUUGACAACAAGGCUCAUGACUCUGAAGGCGAGGAGUCCCUUUCAGACUACGAGCAUGGUGUCGCGGCUGCUCGGGCUCUGGCCCAGGUCUGGACCAAAAAGCAUUUGAUCGUGGCGUACAUUUUAAUCUGGCUGGUCUGCUUCAUUCAAGCCUUCUCAUCUGGAAUCAUCGGCACUUUGACACCUUACGUCACUAGCAACUUCCAGGCUCACUCUCUCACUGCCACGACAAGCAUCGUUGCCUCCCUUGUGUCUGGUCUGAUUAAGCUUCCUUAUGCAAAACUCAUGAACAUCUGGGGCCGUCCUCAGGCAUUUGGAUUCAUGAUCAUUGUCAUGACAACUGGCUUGAUCAUGAUGGCUGGCUGCAACAAUGUGAAGACUUACGCCGCCGCUCAAGUCUUUUACAGCACCGGCUACAGUUGUAUCGACUUCACAACAACCAUCUUCAUUGCCGACACAUCAUCUCUGAAGAGUCGAGCGUUCAUGAUUGCCUUUGCUGGAUCGCCAUGGAUUGCUACUGUCUGGGCUUAUGGUCCCGCAGCACAGAGCGCUCUCGAUGGUGUGGGAUUUAGAUGGGGUCUUGGUGUCUGGGCUAUCGUCUACCCAGUCGUUACCGUGCCCCUCUUCGCAUUGUUCUACUAUAACCAGAAGAAAGCCGAGAAACAGGGUUUGGUGCCAGAGAAGCCAACAUCCAACCGAAACUGGAAGGAGUCGAUUGUGUAUUACUUCAAGGAAUUCGAUGUCAUCGGACUCCUGCUGGCCGCCACUGGUCUCGCUCUAUUCCUGCUGGCGUUCUCUCUCUACUCCUACCAGAAGGACACCUGGAAGUCUCCUUUGAUCAUCUGCUUCUUCAUCUUCGGUGGCUUGCUUGUUAUUGCCUUCGCCCUCUGGGAGAAAUACCUCGCCCCUGUCACCUUCAUUCCGUGGCAUUUGAUGACUGACAGAACUGUGUUCUUCACCUAUACCAUGGUGGCAAGCAUUUACUGCGCCUGGUACAUCUGGGAUACAUACUUCUACUCCUUCCUCAUUGUGGUGUUCAACCAAAGUGUUACGCACGCAAGCUACAUCAGCAACAUCUACACAGUCGGAGCCUGCACCUGCUCGCUUAUUAUGGGAGUGAUCAUUCGCUUCAAUGGUCGACUGAAGUGGCUGGCUCUGUACUUCGGUGUGCCACUGACCGCUCUGGGUGUUGGUCUUAUGAUCCACUUCCGUCAGCCCGACCAGGAUAUCGGCUACAUCGUCAUGUGCCAGAUCUUCGUGGCUUUCGGUGGUGGUGUCUUGGUUAUCUGUGAGCAGAUGACCGUCAUGGCCGUCUCCUCCCACCAGAACAUUCCCGCUGUCUUGGCCAUGGAAAGCAUGAUCGCCAGCGUUGGCGGCGCCAUCGGUUAUGCCAUCGCUGCUGCUAUGUGGACGGGCAUCUUCCCCAACAAGCUCAUGAAGUACCUACCGGCUGAUGCCCAGGCUGAUUUCGCCAGCAUCUAUGGUGACCUGACGGUCCAGUCCUCUUACCCGAUCGGAUCUCCUACGCGCGACGGCAUCAACCACGCCUACGGCGAGACCCAGAAGCUCAUGCUGAUUGCUGCGACCUCUCUGUACACCAUCACACUUGCUUCAGUGCUUAUGUGGAGGAGCAUCAAUGUCAAGAACAUCCAGCAGGUCAAGGGUCUUGUGUGGUAA